CACGUGUUUUUGUUUUUCUUUCCAUUUUUCAAGCAAAAACAAACCCCAAAUUUGCAUCAAGUGCACUAAUUUCUAUUAUUUUUUUAAAUUUUUGUUGAUUUGCAAUUGUUAAACAAAACUAAUCAAAAUGGCAAGAAGACCAGAACAUUCAGCUCCACCAGAAAUCUACUACAACGAAGAUGAGGCAAAAAAAUAUUCAAGCAAUUCUCGAAUUAUCGAGAUUCAAGUUGAAAUGGCUGAGCGAGCUGUUGAAUUGCUAAUGCUACCCGAAGAUGAAACAUGUCUCGUUUUGGACAUCGGUUGUGGAUCAGGUUUGUCUGGGAGUGUUCUUGAAGACAACGACCAUAUGUGGAUUGGCAUGGACAUAUCCGAUGCAAUGUUAAAAAUAGCUGUCGAACGUGAAGUCGAAGGAGAUUUGCUACUCACAGACAUGGGCCAAGGUGUACCCUUUAAACCGGGUACUUUUGACGGAGCGAUAUCCAUAUCGGCUCUACAAUGGCUUUGCAAUGCAGACAAAACCUCACACAAACCACACAAAAGGCUCUAUACGUUCUUCUCUACUCUUUUUUCUGCAUUAACAAGAACUGCUAGAGCUGUAUUUCAGUUUUAUCCAGAAAAUGCAGCUCAAAUUGAAAUGGUUACCGAGCAGGCAAUGAAAGCUGGGUUUUUUGGAGGUCUCGUUGUCGACUAUCCAAACUCAACAAAGGCGAAAAAAUACUUUUUGGUUCUUAUGACUGGCGGCAUUGGACCAAUGCCAAAGGCUUUAGGAACUGAAGAGGAUGAAAGACGCAUUGCUUAUACUAAAAAGAGAGAAAUGACCCGAGACAUCCGCGGCAAAGCACCAAAGAAGUCCAGAGACUGGAUUUUGGCAAAGAAAGAGCGUCAACGAAGACAAGGUCGUGAAACCCGCCCCGAUACUAAAUACACUGGUCGUAAGAGGAGUGGGAGAUUCUGAAGAUUCAUGCAAACUCACAUGAAAACCAUUUUUUAUUUAACAUAGUUUAUCUAUUUCUAUACAAAUUUGCUAGCACCUUUCUAUCGAAUAGAAAUUGUUGUUUAUUUCUCAUUUCGCCUGUUUCUGGGACUGUCGUACGAUGAUUCCAUGUUUCCAACAAUAAAAACUAAAAUUGUUCCUAUAACAAGGGCAUAGA